AUGUGGUGGGUGCGGGUGUCAUCCUGGCUGAUCAUCAACACAGUCCUCCUGCUACCAGUCCAUGGCUACCACACUCUCUCCGAUGACACCCUCCUGAAUGUACCAUUACCUGAGACAGCCGACUUCGAUAUUCAUACAGGCAACCUAUUAGCCCCCAUUCUCAUCCCUCGAGUCCCGGGCACUGAAGGAUCCCGUAAAGUCCUCCAACACUUUGUCAACUUUUUCCGCACCUCUCUUCCCACCUGGUCCGUAUCCUUCCAAAAUUCCACCUCCAAAACUCCCACUCACGGUGACACCGAGGUGCCCUUCAUCAACUUGGUCGCCACCAGAGACCCUCCAUGGUCCCAGCCAGGAAACGUGGGAAGGUUGACCUUGGUUGCUCACUAUGACUCCAAGUACACUCCUGAUGGUUUUAUUGGUGCAACCGAUUCCGCCGCUCCAUGCGCAAUGAUUAUGCAUGCGAUUAGAUCCAUUGAUGCUGCGCUUACCAAAAAGUGGGAGAACACGCAGGCUCAGGGUGAUAUAGAUCUAGACUUUGAAGAGGACAAAGGGAUCCAAGUCCUCUUCCUGGAUGGCGAGGAGGCUUUCAAAGAUUGGACUGCUACCGACAGCAUUUACGGAGCCAGGUCUCUUGCCGAGGAGUGGGAACAUACCAUGCAUCCUGCUACAAGCAUCUACAAAAGCCCUCUGGAUUCCAUUGAACUUUUUGUUUUGCUCGAUUUACUUGGCUCGCCUGAAAAUCUGCCCAUUCCCUCUUGGCAACAUAGUUCACACUGGUCAUACGUCAAGAUGGCGGAGGCCGAGCAUCGGCUGAGACAAUUGGGCAAGUUCAAGAGCAAUCCGAAGCACGUUUGGCUACCUGACAAGGAUAAGAAGGACACCGACAAAUUCGCCAGCUACGUCAUGCAGGAUGACCACAUACCUUUUAUCGCUCGUGGUGUCCAAGUCUUGCACCUGAUUCCUUCCCGCUUUCCAUCUGUUUGGCAUAAAAUCACUGAUGAUGCAGAGCAUCUUGAUAUCCCCACCGUCGAGGAUUGGGCCCUUCUUACUGCUGUAUUCGCCGCAGAAUACAUGGAACUGGAUGGUUUCUUCGAGAAGCCGGCCGUUCACCACGCCAAAAGGCAGGACCCAUUGACAAGCAAGACAGAGUUAUGA